ACUCGCGUGCGCACACAAACACAAUGGUGCCUUUUAAAUAUUAACCAGCAGGUCUUCGGUCCAGGAGAGGGGCACUGAGUGGGAGGAUUCAUCACAGGACGGGGGAAGCAUGGACUGAAAGAUGUCCUCAGGAUGUCUCUUCAGACUGCCCUGUGGAUCGAGCGAUGGUGUUUUGAUAUAACCUGAAGCGGAGAGAAGAGAUGGAGCAUCCUGGAGCCUAACGAGCGACAAAGAUGUACUCAAUCAGAAGCAUGCCCACAAUUACUCACCGGGAGUACAGGGAGGAAGAUGGUGUGGAAGAUUUGACUCAGUUACAAGAGAUGCAUGAAGGGGAUGUUUUGCUGAAUUUAAGGAGAAGGUUUGAGAGACAGCUUAUUUAUACAUACAUAGGUAGUAUACUGGUGUCUGUGAAUCCCUACAAGAUGUACAACAUUUAUGGGACUGAUGUUGUGCUGAUGUACAAGGGUCAUGCUCUGGGAGAGCACCCUCCGCAUUUGUUUGCUAUAGCAAAUGCUGCUUACUCCAAAAUGAUGGAUGCCAAACAAAACCAGGUGAUAAUAAUCAGUGGGGAGAGUGGGUCUGGAAAAACAGAGGCCACCAAACUCGUGCUUCGCUACCUGGCAGCAAUAGAUCACAAGUCCAAUCCUGUUCAACAGAUUGAGAUCCUUGAGGCAGCUCCUCUGCUGGAAUCCUUUGGAAAUGCCAAAACUGUGCGAAACGAUAAUUCCAGCCGCUUUGGGAAAUACGUAGAGGUCUAUCUGGAGGAUGGUGGAAUCAGCGGUGCCAUAACCUCUCAGUAUCUGUUGGAAAAGUCCCGUAUUGUCUUCCAGGCCAAAGAUGAGAGGAACUAUCACAUCUUCUACGAGAUGCUGGCAGGUCUUCCUUCUCAGCAGAAGCAGGCUUUCUACCUGCAAGAUGCGGAAACCUACUAUUACCUCAAUCAGGGAGGGGACUGUUUGAUAAGAGGAAAGAGCGAUGCAGAUGAUUUCCAACGCCUGCUGUCUGCCAUGGAAAUCCUUCACUUCUCCCCUGAAGACCAGUCUGCCAUCUUUAGAGUCCUCUCGUCCAUACUGCACCUGGGCAAUGUUUACUUUCAAAGACACGAGGAGGCCGAUGGCCAGGAGGUGGCGUCAGUGGUGAGCGCUCAGGAGAUCCGGGUGGUUGCAGAACUGCUGCAGAUCUCACCUGAGGGACUACAGAAAGCCAUUACUUACAAAGUCACGGCGACAAUGAGGGACAAGAUCUACAGCCCCCUGACUGUAGAGAAUGCCGUUGAUGCCAGAGACGCUGUUGCCAAGAUUCUGUACUCGCUUAUCUUCCACUGGUUAACGGAAAGGAUUAAUGCUCAGGUGUACCCUCGCCAACACAGCCUGUCCAUCUCUAUUCUGGACAUUUAUGGAUUUGAGGAUCUGGCUUUCAACAGCUUCGAGCAGCUUUGCAUUAAUUAUGCAAACGAAUACCUGCAAUUCUUCUUCAACCGGAUCGUAUUCAAGGAGGAACUGGAGGAGUACAGCAGAGAGCAGAUCCCAUGGCAAGACAUCCCCUUCAGUGACAACCAACCCUGCAUUGACCUCAUCGCUGCUAAGCCUCAUGGGAUACUGAGGAUUCUGGAUGACCAGAGCUGUUUUCCCCAGGCAACAGAUCACACGUUUCUUCAAAAAUGUCACUAUCACCAUGGCCACAGUCCGCUGUAUACGAAGCCAAAGAUGCCGCUCCCAGAGUUCACCAUCAAGCACUUUGCCGGUCGAGUCACCUACCAGGUUUACAAGUUCCUUGAUAAGAACCACGAUCAAGUCCGACAAGAAGUGCUGGACCUGUUCAUUCAGAGCAGAAACAAGAUGGUGUCAAACCUGUUCCUGGCUCACGCAGACGCCACAGGUCAGCAGAGGGGGGGCCACAUGAGGAAGAGCAGCUCGGUCACCAGGAAGUACCAGCCGCCCACCGUCAGCAGCAAGUUCCAACAGUCCCUGCUGGAGCUCGUGGAGAAGAUGGAGAGGUGUAACCCUUUCUUUGUUCGCUGCAUUAAGCCAAAUAACAUGAAGCGACCAGGCGUGUUUGAGGAUGAACUGGUCAGCAACCAGCUGCGACACUCGGGGGUCCUCGAGACCAUCAGGAUCCGCAGAGAGGGGUACCCGGUCAGAAUGCCAUUCUACAUAUUUCUCUUCAGAUACAAGUCCCUGGUUGGACUUAAACAGCCACCAGCAGCAAAUGGAGAAAACUGUGUGAUUAUGCUGAGUAAGCUGUGUCCCCUCCGACCAGGAGCCUUCCACGUCGGGGUAUCUAAGCUGUUUUUAAAGGAGGACAUCUACCAGCUGUUGGAGUGCAAACGAGAGAAAUCCCGGGAGCUCGCUGCUCUCACGUUGCAGCGUUACACCCGCAUGUUCUUUGUCAGGAAACGCUUUAUUGCCUUCCGUAAAAAAAUCAUCGGGUUUCAGGCCCAUUCCCGGGGCUACCUUCUGAGGAAGCGCUUCAUGAAAAUGAGAGAGAGUCUGGUCCGGUUCCGCUCUUAUGUGCGAAUGUAUGUCAACCGCAAACAAUACAUCAAGCUCUGA